GCCGGGCCGAGCGGCGGGCGAGAGCGGGCCUCGGGGCGGCGGCGGCGGCGGACGCGGCCUGAGGGAGCGGCCGGCUGCCGCCUCGCCCGCCGCGGGGUCCAUGGCCUGAGCGGCCAUGUCCGGCGUGGUGCGGACCCUCAGCCGCUGCCUGCUGCCGGCCGAGGCCGGCGGGGCCCGCGAGCGCAGGGCGGGCGGCGGCGGGGCCCGCGACGCGGAGCGCGAAGCGCGGCGGCGCAGCCGGGACAUCGACGCGGGGCUGGCCCGCGAGCGGCGCGCCGUGCGGCGCCUCGUCAAGAUCCUGCUGCUGGGCGCGGGCGAGAGCGGCAAGUCCACCUUCCUCAAGCAGAUGCGCAUCAUCCACGGCCGCGAGUUCGACCAGAAGGCGCUGCUCGAGUUCCGCGACACCAUCUUCGACAACAUCCUCAAGGUGCGCGCUCCCCGCCCGCACACCUGCGCCCAGGGCGCGCGGGUUCUGGUCGAUGCACGAGACAAGCUCGGUAUCCCCUGGCAGUACUCUGAGAAUGAGAAGCACGGCAUGUUCCUCAUGGCUUUCGAGAACAAGGCAGGGCUGCCCGUGGACCCCGCCACCUUCCAGCUCUACGUGCCUGCCCUGAGCGCGCUCUGGGGGGACUCCGGCAUCAGGGAGGCGUUCAGCCGCAGGAGCGAGUUCCAGCUGGGCGAAUCGGUGAAGUACUUCCUGGACAACUUGGACCGGAUUGGCCAACUGAACUACUUCCCGAGCAAGCAGGACAUCCUGCUGGCAAGGAAGGCCACCAAGGGCAUCGUGGAGCACGACUUCGUCAUCAAGAAGAUCCCCUUCAAGAUGGUGGACGUGGGCGGCCAGCGGUCCCAGCGCCAGAAGUGGUUCCAGUGCUUCGACGGGAUCACGUCCAUCCUGUUCAUGGUCUCGUCCAGCGAGUACGACCAGGUCCUCAUGGAGGACAGGCGCACCAACCGCCUGCUGGAGUCCAUGAACAUCUUUGAGACCAUCGUCAACAACAAGCUCUUCUUCAACGUCUCCAUCAUCCUGUUCCUCAACAAGAUGGACCUGCUGGUGGAGAAGGUGAAGACCGUCAGCAUCAAGAAGCACUUCCCCGACUUCAAGGGCGACCCGCACAGGCUGGAGGACGUCCAGCGCUUCCUGGUCCAGUGUUUCGACCGGAAGAGACGGAACCGCAGCAAGCCUCUCUUCCACCACUUCACCACCGCCAUCGACACCGAGAACAUCCGCUUUGUGUUCCACGCCGUGAAGGACACCAUCCUGCAGGAAAACCUGAAGGACAUCAUGCUGCAGUGACGGGGCCACCCUUGCUCCUGCCGGCCGCGGGCCAGGCCUGCCCACCUGUGUGUGUUCCCUACCCCGAGCCCUGGACGCCCGGCUCGGGGUGCGAGGCCCGCCAGGCCUGCGCUCGGCCGCGGGACGGGACAUGUGGACGUAGCUACUGAAUCCCGGGGACUCGUGAAACUACUGAAAGUCCAGCGGUCACUUUGACGUUAACGUGUGACGCCUGAUAACACAGCUUUCUCUUUUUCAGAAACUGUUCCUUUUCUGACACAGUUUAGUCGGGGACUGUGUGUGUGUGCACGCACACUCUGUUUUUAGUGACUGAGACGCAAACGCUGACGUCUCUGAGGGUGGCUCUUCUCUCCAGCUUGUGAGUCCUCGGCGGGGGCGCUGCCUGGUGGGGUCCUGGGGGUUUGGAGGUGGGGAAGUGCGGGCUGAGUUCAGGGGGACCCCACCACUACCUCCCCGAGGGAGCGCAUGGCCUUUUCAGUCUCUGGUGCCAACUUCCCAAGAGGCCCCGGCUGUCAGGUUAGAGGGUGGGAGUGAGCGCCCAUGGGGGGACCUGCCUUAACGCCCCCACACCUGUGCCUUCCGCCCAUCCGAUCGGCCACGGCCCGUGGUGGGAGGUGUGGGCUGGGCGCUGCCUUGAUUCCCCCUCCCCUCUGCACGGGGAGGCGGGUGGUGCUUGCUUGCCCUGUGCCCACCCCGCCCCUCAGCAGAGCCCUCACACCAGCUGGCCUCGCGGACUGCCCUCCCCCUCCCAGUCGUCUCCCACAUGUGUGGUCAGCUCGGGGAGCCUGUGGUCGGCUCAGGGAGCCUGCCGUCUCUGGAGGAGGCCAAGCACCCCCUCCUCUCAGGGCCCGCUGAGAGCGGACGGCGGGGCCCGCAGCACCUGCCUUAACACCCCAGGCUCUCCUGCCUCCCUAGACGCCAGGCGCCCAUCACGGCCCCUCGCUCCCACUAACACGCACACCUAGCAGAAAGCACUGUUGGGCGCGGCCUUCUCCGGGGGCCGCUGCGGAGGCUGUGAGUGGUGACGGGCGCCGGCGAACCCAACCGUCGGUGAGCGUGUCCGGCUGCCCUGUCCAGGUGUCUCUCACUGGGUUUAAAAACACAUCACAUUCCAAGCCAGUCCCCGCCGUGUGUGGCUCUGCUCACCGGUGUCCAGCGCGUUGAGGACCCGUCCGGCGUUUGAAAGGGGAAAAGCCUUCCUCUGCCAGGGGCCCAGCACGCGCCUGUGGUUCAGGGCCCAUCCCCAGGCCCCGUGUUCCCGGCCCAUGUCUCCGCAGGGGUCCUGCUCACCUUCACCAGCAGACAAACACUGAUCUCACUCGCGGCAGAUGCUGGCCCAGGAGGAAGGGGAGGGCAAACCCACUUCUGAGUCAUCCGUGUUAUACCAGUGUCUAAUGAGGAGACAGCAUGAAGUCCUGUUUCUCUCUGGGCCCUCAAGACUUCCUGUCCAUGUUUGCUGGGGUUUGGGCUCUUUGGCUGGAGAAAAGUUGCUGUUUUUGUCCUGCUUCCUGUGGCUCUUCGAAAACCGAGAGGACGUGCCCAGGAUCGGGGCCAGUGACCAAGGUUUAAAGGAGACAGAACCCUCUGGAUGGACUGCAUCCGGGCAUCCUGAGACCCCGCUGUCCUCGGGCCUCACGCCCCUCGCCCACAGGCUCCCGUCACACACGCGUGUCCGGAUCCAUGCUCUUCCCGCCAACCUGGAAACCCCUCGCGCUGGCAGAGGCGGCGGCCCCCGAGGUCGGUGUGGCUGGUGCAGGGUCUGUGAACGGCUUGCUGGCGAGUUGGAGUCCACCCGGUCAGCGAGCACGGUUUGUCCUUCAGACCAUCUGUCGUGGCUGCCGGCUCACUCUCAGACCCGAGAGCGAGUUCGUAUUGAGGAGCCGUGACUGUACUGAGUGGCCUGGCAGCCAGGGCCCGGCCCAGACCCGACCCACUUCCUCCCCUGCAGCCAGGAGCCGUCCUUGUGCUGAGCCGAGCAGGCGUGACGGCACUCUGCCCUCCAUUCCAGGAUCCGUGCUCGUCAGAGACACGGACGGCUCCGCAGGCUCAGCUAAAACCAUCUGCAGUCUUUCCACACAUAGGUUAUAGUCACUUCUCUCCCAAACCUUAGGCCUUUGUAUUGUUUUAAUCUCACUGUUAUCCGUGAUUUGCUGUCUUUUAUUUUGAGAUGUUGGAGCAGCAGGGGAUAGUCUGCCUCAUCUAUUAUUGCAAAAAUGUAACAAUAAACUUCCUCGAACUAAGACUUUCUUCUCGUAGUCACACUGUUCACACGUAAGGACACAUGUGCAUUUUUUUACUAUUUUUUUUUUAACUUCAGUUUGUAGAGAAAUUGUCUCAAAGAUACUGCAUUAUAGCUUUGUAAUUUAUAGAGAUCUCUAGACUCCUUAAUCUUGUAAUUUUUUUUACUUCUUUGAUAAAAAUGAGUCAGGUUAUUUCAAUUCUUAAGAUCAGGAAAUCAUCUUGAAACAAGAUCCUUAGUUCUGACCGACUAACUCGGGCAUCCUGGGAACAGACGCUUGCUGACUUGACACCAUGGGCAAAAGCAAUGUCGGGACAAGAGUGGUCGGAAUGAACUGCUCAUGGCUUGCGCCACGCACGGCAUUUUAGCAUCAGCAGGAGGGGCUGGUUUGACGAUCUGACCACCUUCAAUCUCUGGAUAUUUAUUAAAAUAAAUCCUUAGUUUUUGUUAAUGGAAAAUAUCACUCGGCAUUCAAAGCCAACAUGAAAUUUUUCAGUCCCCAAGUUCAGAGCCCGUGGAUAACGAGCCCGGACGGUCCUUGAAGGUUCGUUACCUGUUGACCACAGUUCUUGUUUCCACGCUUGGGACACGAGGCGACCAGGAGAGCUGUCACCAACGUGGUUCUGUGUGGACGCCUGUGGAGCCCGACGUCAGGACGGGGGGCGCGGCAGGAACACACACAUGCGUGUGUGCGAGGGAGGCCCUGAGCCCACCUGCCGGCGGAGACCUGGGAUGGAUGUGGACGUGCCCGGAGACGGGAGGCCGGAGGAGCCCAGGGAAGGUGCAGCUCCUUCUCUGGACCCUGUGGGGUCAGCGUGCCGCCAGGAAACGGGAAUCCAGCGACACAGAGUGAGCACAACUCGCGGCACCCGGAUUCUUUUCCAGAAAAGGAACGUGCGCAGUGUCCGUGGCCGUCGCCCGGCGAGGCGCUGUGUGCAUCCAUGCAUGGGGCCUCAGCGGCCCGCGGUGGGCAAGGCAGCCCCCUGCCCGCCCCUGCAGAGAAGCGUGCGCUCCUCACCACGUGCCUGGGGGCCUGGCGCUUUGGGUCCCGGUUUCCCCGUGUGUAGAGGUUGGACCGCAGGGUGACGCAGGCGCCCUGGGUCCGCAGCCCUGGAUUCCUGGGUGGUCUCUCUGCAGCUGGGGUCGUGAGCCAGGGAGCAGAGCCGUGGAGGCCCCCCAGGCCCACGCUCACUGUGCCCGUCAGCCGCCUUGGGAGGACGGUGCCGCAGGUGCUGCAUGUGGUCCAGGAGUCUGGCGGGGCUGACAGCUCUCCCCGUCUCUUUGGCACCAGCUUCUCCCUGAGGUCCGUCAGAUGCGCUCUGCAGCCUUGCUCCUGAGUGAUGCCUGGAAGUUCGGGGAGCUCCAUGCGAAGGAAAAGAUAGGGCCCUGCUGCGAGGUUGAUGCUGGGCCUGCCGUGGGCUGCGUGUUCGCGGGGGGCUCCACGUGGCCCUGGUGUCCACGCUGUGCUGGUGUCUCUCAGAUGAAGACCUGCUUCGAGGGACACAGGUUGCAUACUGCCUGAAGCACCCGCGGUGCCUGCCUCGGCCUGCCGACCCUGACGGUGGUCCUGAGCCUGGACACCCCACGGCCCUGCUCCACGUGGGGGCUCCCCGUGUGAAGGCUCCCGGCCCCGAGAUAGCAGGAGGAGCACGGUGUCACCAGAACUCGGGAGUCCUCGGGUAUCCCAGCAGGAAGGACCUUCCAAGGAGUCCGUGUCUGAGUGUAGCAGGGGCGGGAAAGUGGGGCGACCCAGACCACAAGAUCCCUGCCCCGAAACAGCCCUCGCGGGGCGGCAGGGCCCUCCCCGGCUGACUGGGGCGUGGGACUCUUCCUAUAGGGACCCAAAGGCUGCGGCUCGUGGCUCGCCUCAUGGAAGCGCAUGCCUGGUUCCACCUGGAACUGGCGGCCCUGCCUCUGAGCGGGUUAGGGAGGUGCGGGUUUUCUUGUGGGGGGCUGGGGAGGGUAACACCCGAGUGACACGCUGGGGCAGCUUCUGGGCUACUGAGCCGGUCUGCAUCUCCUCUGGGCCGGCAGCGAGCGGCUGGCCUGAGCCGCACGGGUUCCUGCCGUCCUGGUCUAUCCAUCGGUUCCAGGCUUGUCACUCGGGUGCCCUUUUAUCAGCCGUGGAUGCCCCUUCUCUUGUGCUUUCAAAAGCCAAUCCCUGCAGUGAGCACAGCCCAGCUAUUCAGUCUAGGAGGCAUCCUUCAGGACCACGGGGGUGUGGGCUGCGUGUGCCCCCGGGAGCCGACAGGAGUCCACGUUGGGGCGGCUGACAGUGCAACCCCGGGUCGGGGUAGACAGGCCCUCCCCUCCCUGCCCUGGUGCUCCCGGGGCCGUGCAGGCGCUCCUCCCUCCAGCUGGCUCCAGAAUCCCGCUGCUCGGGCGGAGACUGGGCGCGCGGUGCCCGUUCUGCAGUGUGCAGCCUCAGCCCUGACCGGGGACAGGUGGGGGCCCCACCCACUCUGUUCAGUGCCUGGCCCCCAGGGAAGCCUCCCGCCGCCUUGGGGUGAUCCAGAAGGUCUCCCCACCCCCGGCUGUCAAGGUGCCCUGGAAGAGUUUGGCACCCACAGUGGGCAGAGGGCUGUCACCCAGGUGGAGAGAAUUCGGAUCACAGGCUUGACCCAACAGCCAGGUUGACCAAGCCCAUCCUCCACGCUUCCCCGCCCACCCCAGCCGCCUGCUGAGCCUGGGCAUCUUUUCCAGGUUCACCUGCAGGCAGGUGGCUGGAGCCUGCGGCGAGUCUGGAAGCCGGAGCCGAGGGCGUGAGGGCAGCCUGUGAUGCCGGGCCACCCCCCGUCUCCUUAACUGUCAGACUCUUCCACCGGCCUCGGUAUCGAGAAAUUUAAAAUAGAUCUCUGUUGAGUCUCUGAAAUCUUAUGGCAUUACCUUUCGACCUGUUAACACAAAUCAGAAAACAUUCCGAAUGUCUUUUUCUUCGGUCCAUUCGAGCCAGCUGAAAACGGGCCGGUGUGGUGGUCUCUGCUGACACGAGAGCAGCCAGGAGGUUCCUGUCGUGCGCCCGCCCCCCGCCACGCCCUCCGCCCCGUCCUCGGCUCAGCCUCCACAGUGGACCCCACAGAGGCCAGGCCAGGACAGUGCCCGGCUCAGCGUCCCCGGGGACGGAGCCCCGAGCUCUUCCAGGGUCUUCACACUCGGAAAGGAAAUUUCACGGGGUCAGGGCUCUCCCUGGGCUGGCGCUGAGCUCCACGCCCCCCCCGCCCCCCGCGCCCCCCCCCCCCCCCUCCCGGCCCCAGCGGUGGGGACAGGCCUCUGCUCACGCUGUGUCCCGGCUUGAGAAACACGCGGCGCAGUGUAAAAAGUGUACUGUACAGCCACGGUGGGUAGUUGAACAUGUUUUGUAUAUAUGACUUUUAUAAAACGAUUAAAAUUCGCCUUAAACGAC